GCCUCCAGGAGGAGGAAGCAGAACUACAACCUGUACAGAUCAAAGAGGAAGAGGAGGAGCCAGAACCCCUGCAGAUCAAAGACGAAGAUGAAGACUUCUGCACCAAUCAGCAGCUCCAGCUGAAGCAGGAGACGAAUCCGUUGAUGGUGACCAUUUUGUAUGGAGAGAGUGACCAGAGUGAAUCAGAACCAGAGGGUGGGCAGACCAUCUCUCAGAGUCCUGCUGGACCUGGGAACCAGGAUUCAGGAUCAAACGAAGACGCUGAGCUGCCCCUGAAGGAUGUGGAUCACAGAGACGCUCGUCACGGUAACAACGCAGACAGAUCUGAACCAGCUGAGAAGUCGUUUCCGUGCUCGAUUUGCGCGGAAAGUUUUUCUGAGAAUUCAGUUCUGCUCAGUCACCUGAGCACCCACACYGUUCGGAUCCCCGACUCCAACAAACUGCAGCACUUCUGUCCCRUCUGCGACAAAAGGUACUCCGCUCGCAAUAACUUAGUCAUCCACAUGAGGAGCCACACUGGCGAGAAACCCUUCUCCUGUAAAAUAUGUGGGAAAAAGUACACAACUCGGGCAAACUUAGUCGUCCACACGAGAAACCACACGGGUGAGAAACCCUUUUCUUGUAAAGUGUGUGGAAAAACAUUUGUCAGCAAUAAAACAUGUAAAACCCACCAGAAAAUCCACACCGGGGAGAAACCGUAUUCAUGCCGAAUCUGUGGGAAAAAUUUUACUCGCAACGCCAACCUGAAAUACCACAUUAAAACCCACACUCGUGAAAAACUGGAUCCUGACCUUUUUCAACAUUGUUGUUCCACCUGCGGCAAAAAGUUCUUUAAGAGAAGCCAGUUAGUCRUCCAUGUGAGGACACAUACAGGCGAAAAGCCUUUUUAUUGCAAAGUGUGUGGGAAAAGGUUUACAACCAACAAUAGCUGCAAAAUCCACAUGAGAAGCCACACGGGUGAGAAGCCGUAUUCCUGUAAACUCUGCGGAGGAAAGUUUACUUGUAGCGACCGACUCMGAUAUCACAUGAAAGUUCACACGGGGGAAAACCAGAGCGUGGACAGACGGCGGCACUGUUGUCCCACCUGCGGCAAAAAGUUUCUCAAACCGAGUUAUUUGAUUAUCCACAUGAGGAGCCAUACCRGUGAGAAGCCUUAUUCCUGCAAGACGUGUGGGAAGAAGUUUACCAGCAAAGGGUACUGCAGAAUUCACAUGAGGAGCCACGCACGUGAGCAGCCGUAUUGCUGCAACAUCUGUGGGAAAACAUUCACUUACAAAGGGGUCUUCAGUGGUCACAUGAGUCUCCACGCAGCCGAAAGUCAGAGCUCCGGAGGAAUGCAGCACACGUGCUUAACCUGCGGCAAAGUGUUCAUUUCACGUUACCACCUAGCUGUCCACAUGAGGAGCCACACCGGYGAGAAGCCCUACUCCUGUAAAUUCUGUGGGAAAAGGUUUAGUAGCAACGGGAACUGUAAAAUACACAUGAGAAUCCACACAGGUGAGAAGCCUUAUUCUUGUAAGGUAUGUGGGAAAAUGUUCACUUUUUGUGCUCAACUGAAACAUCACAUGAAAGGCCACCCAGGCUGAUUCUUCUGUAAUGUGUGGAGAUUUUAAAACGUUAAUAAAUGAGACACUAAGAAGC